GCGACUCUUCACAUCGGAUAAAUCUAAUCUUGCCUUUUGGGUUCACGGGAUGAAUACAAAGUUGCGGGUUGACGUUUUAAUUUCAAAGGAAUGUGUUGUGAAAAGGAUGCUCGUUGAAUUACCAUUGAACUGUGUUAGAUUCGGAAAUGAUUAACUAAAACUCAAGGACUGAGAAGAACCGGAUUUGAGCUGGCACCUGCCCGUUCACGCCCCAGCUGAACCAUGGGGUCAUUCCGAAGGCCCAGGCCCCGUUUCAUGAGCUCGCCUGUGCUGUCAGACCUCGCCCACUUUCAUGCCAGCUCGCCAGCGUUGCAGCUGUCCAAUGCCAGCGUCUGGAACAGUGUUCAGACGGCUGUUAUUAAGGUGUUUCAAGGAGGAAGCCUGCACACCAAUGAGCUUUACACCCUGAAUGAGAGCAUACGGUGGCUUUUAAGGACUGAACUUGGAUCCUUUAUCACAGAGUAUUUUCAGGAUCAGCUCUUGAAUAAAGGCCUGACUAAUAUUUUGGAAAAGAUUCGACUUCAAGAUGAUGAAACACUUCUCCACGCGCUGUGCGAAACGUGGGUGAGGUUUUUCACAGAGAUCCUGCCAACUCUCCAAGCUAUUUUCUACCCCGUGCAGGGUCAGGAGUUGACUGUGAGGCAAAUGGCUCUGCUGGGCUUCAGGAACAUGGUUCUGUUGAAGCUUCCUGUGGAGAACAUGCUUCAUGACGCCACAUACCCUCCUCCAAUCACACAGAUGCUUCUUAUCCUGCAGGGAAUUCAUGAACCUAACGGACCCACGCAAGAGUAUUUCUUACUCGAGAAACUGGUGGAUAUGGUUAUAUCUCCCUACCUGGGGAACUACCUCUACUUGAGCCGAAGCGAAUCUUCUUCAGGUGGUUGUUCAUUCUUUUACCUUGUCAAUUCUUUAUUUUUUAACGCACGCUGUAGUUACCAUUAAAUCUACCCGUGUUCAUAUUUGCUUCCUCCGCAGAAGACCGUCGGAGCACAUGAGAU